CACGUUAAAAUAGUAAAAUCUCGACAAUAUAACGGUGUUAUAGAUUGGAGAUAAUUUCAAAGAUUGUGUUUUAAUUUUUAACAGCAGUAGCAGGCGGUUUCAACGAAAAAGUACACAUUGAUUCUCAAUUUAGCGUUUUGAACCGCAGUCGCAAAAAUAAUUAAUUGCGGUAAGAGAAACGCAUCGUGGCUUUUCCUACUUCACUCUAAGGAGAGGAAGGAAGAAUCAGAUCAGGCAAUGGCUGGAAAACAACAGAAUCACCAUCGUACUCUCCCCAGAUUCAGAUCCAAAACCAUAAUCUUCACACUCAUCAUCUCCUCCUUCUCUCUACUCGUCAUCCUUUUCACCUUCCCUUCCUCUCCGAACCCACCGGUCCGGAUAGAGACGUCCUUCGUAGCCUCGCUUGAGCAGUUUCUGAUCCACAACGCGCCGAAGCUUAAUCCACCAUCGAGAGACGACACGGUGCGUGGCGAGAAGGAAGAUGAUGAUGUGAGGAAGCUCGAUGAGAUGGUGUUUGAGAGAGAGAAUCGGUUGUUAGACGAAGAUCCGGUUUAUCCGGUUAAGGUUUACGUGUACGAGAUGCCGAAGAAGUUUACCUUCGAUCUUCUAUGGUUGUUUCACAAUACUUACAAGGAGACUUCGAACGCCACCUCUAACGGUAGCCCUGUGCAUCGCCUAAUCGAACAGCAUUCUGUGGAUUAUUGGCUAUGGGCUGAUCUGAUCUCUCCUGAAUCCGAGAGGCGUUUGAAAAGUGUUGUGAGGGUUCAUAAGCAGGAGGAAGCAGACUUUUACUAUGUUCCGUUUUUCACCACAAUCAGCUUCUUCUUGCUGGAGAAGCAGCAAUGCAAAGCACUCUAUAGGGAAGCUUUGAAGUGGGUUACUGAUCAGCCUGCUUGGAAAAGAUCUGAGGGAAGGGAUCAUAUCUUUCCUAUUCACCAUCCCUGGUCUUUCAAGACCGUCCGCAAAUUUGUGAAGAACGCUAUCUGGCUUUUACCAGAUAUGGACUCUACUGGGAACUGGUAUAAGCCUGGGCAAGUUUCACUGGAGAAAGACCUGAUUCUUCCUUACGUUCCAAAUGUUGAUCUAUGUGAUGCCAAAUGCUUGUCGGAAAGUGCACCGAUGAGGACCACACUUCUUUUUUUUCGAGGACGGCUUAAGAGGAACGCUGGAGGUAAAAUACGUGCCAAGCUUGGUUCGGAACUAAGUGGUGUCAAGGAUGUGAUCAUCACUGAAGGGACUGCCGGAGAAGGAGGGAAACUGGCAGCUCAGGAAGGCAUGCGUAGAUCUUUAUUCUGUUUGUGUCCUGCUGGUGACACACCAUCCUCGGCGAGACUGUUUGAUGCCAUUGUCAGUGGCUGUAUACCUGUUGUAGUCAGUGACGAGCUGGAACUUCCUUUUGAAGGAAUACUUGAUUACAGGAAGGUUGCUGUGAUUGUUUCUUCUAGUGAUGCAAUACAACCAGGGUGGCUUGUCAAUCAUUUGAGAAGCCUUUUACCCUCCCAAGUCAAGAAAUUCCAGAAUAGCCUUGCUCAAUACUCGCGGCAUUUCCUAUAUUCAAGCCCUGCUCAGCCUUUAGGUCCAGAGGAUUUGACAUGGAGAAUGAUAGCUGGAAAGCUUGUGAACAUUAAGCUUCACACGAGGAGGUCACAACGGGUGGUGAACGGAUCUAGGAGUAUUUGCAGAUGCGAUUGCUGGAGACCGAACUCUACAGCCUCCAAUUCGUUGAGUCAUCUCUUGUCUUAAAAAUCCCUUGGAUAUGUACGCUCAAAAAGGCUAUUGAAAUUCGUUUCCUAUACAAUCUCACCAUUGCUUUAAUGUAUAUGCUCAAAUGCAGCUUCGCAGACCAGCAGUAUAACAAAUCCCGAUCAAGUCACACGAACAUAAGUUUUCAUAUCUGUUCCAUCCUCUAGUUAUCCGGAGAUGGUUUGUGUUGUUAACAUGGAUAUUCAUUUAAUAUAUGUAUAAGAAAAAAAAUGAAAAGAAAUUAGGUAA